AUGUAAAUGAAACUAAUUAAAUAAUAAUCUGCUUCAGCUUUAAAACCUAGAGAAAAAAAAACAGCACAAGCUUUAAACUAACCUGUUAUAUACCCUGUUGAUGGCUAUAAAUUAUUAAAUGAAUUAUCUGUUGGAGGAUUUGGGUGUGUUUAUAAAGCGAUUGAAAUAAAAACAAAUAAGCCUGUAGCUAUCAAGUACUCAAAAGAAAAUAUGGAAAAGGAAUAUAGGAUUUUGAAUUAAUUAUAAAACUGUUAAGGAGUUCCUUAAGUCUAUAAUUUUGGGUAGUUAAAUAAUACUUAUUACAUUAUAAUGGAGUUCUUAAAUGAAGAUAUGCAAACUAUUUCAUCCAAAUAAAAAUGUUUUUCAAUAAAAACAACGAUCUUGAUUGCUAUUAAAAUAAUUCAAGUUUUAAGUUAAAUUCAUAAAAAUGGUAUUCGUCAUAGAGAUAUAAAACCAUAAAAUUUGAUGACUAAAAAUUCUGGUAUUCACAAUGUAUGAUUAAGAUUCAACUAUAUAUCUAAUAGAUUUUGGGAUUUCGCUAUUUCAAAAUGAUCCUUUACCUGAUAAAUAUGUUGAUGGCACAAUUUUAUAUGAUCCUCGUAUAGUGCACAGACGUUAAGAAUAUCGUUUCAUAGAUGAUAUAGAAAUGGCAGGUUAUUGCUUAGUUGAAUUAAUGAAAGGUAAAUAUUUAAUCAAUAAGUAGGUUAAUUACCAUGGUAAAAAUAUAUAGAUGGUAGAGAAUCUCGAAUAAUGUAAAUGAAAUAAGAAUUUAUAGAUGCUAAAUCAACUAUACAGCUUCCAAUAUAUAAUAUAUUUUAAUUUGUUGAAUAAAAUUAGAAUAAUGAUUUACCCGAUCAUAACAAACUAAUUAAUUAAUUAAGAGAAGUCUUAAUAAAAUAGAAUAUUACUGAAGAUUAUAUAUAUGAUUGGAAUUCUAUUGAAUUAUUAACAACUCCUUAAUUUAAAGCAAGAUCAAUUAGUUUCCAAAGUUAAAAAAGUAAAUUUGCUUCAGAAAACUAAGAAUUGAGUAUAGCUUUAGAAGGGGAAAUAUAAUUUGUUAAUGAUUAAAAAUAUAAAUUUAUGAAAUGA